AUGGGAAGAACCUCUGGAAAAAAGGAUUUGACUGAUAACAGCAAAAGAGCCAUCGUUGUGGGUCGUCAAAAUGGACUGACCAUGAUGACGUUGGCAGGAAUGUUCGGCGUGACAGAGGCGGGCAUUUCUCCGUUCCUAAAGCGUUGGAAAGCUCUAGAUGGCUCUACUAAGAGCCAAAGCACUGGAAGACUACGUGUCACUGGUCGUAAUGACGAUAGAAACAUUUUGAAGACGUCUAGAACCAAUCCAAGACUCACCGCCCCUGCGAUCAGACGGGAAGUUUUCUUGAAUUCGCCAUCUCCGCCAUCCGUCUGGUCCGUGAAACGACGUCUGAAUGUUGCUGGAGUCAUGGGAAGACGUCCAGUGAAAAAACCGCUGAUUUCUGAAAAGAAUCGAGCCGGCAGGGUGACGUGGGCGAAAGAGCAUCUCAACUGGACCCGUCAAGACUGGAACAAGAUUCUGUGGUCCGACGAAACGGUCUUCCACCAUGUUUUUAUAGUAAGUAAUUGGUAUUUCGGAUGAUAUCUGGACCCAAUUGGUCUACGAACCCACUGAAUUCCGUCACUCCCGAAGAGGAGGAACUUGCUUUCGUCGGACCACAGAAUCUUGUUCCAGUCUUGACGGGUCCAGUUGAGAUGCUCCUUCGCCCACUUCACCCUGGCGGCUCGAUUCUUUUCAGAAAUCAGCGGUUUCUUCACUGGACGUCUUCCCAUGAUUCCAGCAGCAUUCAGACGUCGUUUCACGGUCGAGACGGAUGGCGGAGAUGGCGAAUUCAAGAAAACUUCCCGUCUGAUCGCAGGGGCGAGGAGUCAUGGAUUGGUUCUAGACGUCUUCAAAAUGUUCCUAUCGUCAUUACGAUCAGUGACACGUGGUCUUCCAGUGCGUUGGCUGUUAGUAGAGCCAUCUUGA